AUGGCAACCACCACCAUAACCUCUUCUGGUGACGGGGCCGCCGACAAGAGCAUCUUCCCCGACGGCUACAAGACAUCUGGCCAGCAUGCGCCAGUGCCAGAACGAGUACACCCUUUCGAGGCCUAUCCCGAGGAGAUCACCGGCCCCACGGUCUGGCAGGCGGACGAGUAUCGCAACAACCCGGAGAAAUGGACGCAUUCGUUCACCGAUGAUGAGAUUCGCGAGAUUGAACAAGCUACGGACCGCUUCAUUGAGUCUGGUGUACCGCUGACAGCAAUCACAAAGGAACACUUCGCCCUCCCUACCCUCGGCCCCUUCCUCGGCACCCUCCGCUACAAGACUCUCAUCAACGGCCCCGGCUUCUUCCUCUUCAAGAACCUCCCCGUGCACACCACACACCCGCACUGGACCCUGCACAAGUCCGCGACAGCCUACAUGGGCCUGGGCGCCCACCUCGGGUACCCAGUGUCCCAGAACUCGCGGGGCCACGUGCUCGGCCACGUCAAGGACCUGGGCGAGGACCCGACCAAGACGGACCGGGUGCGCAUCUACCGUACCAACGCGCGGCAGUUCUUCCACACGGACGCGACGGACCUCGUCGGCCUGCUGUGCAUCGCCAAGGCGAUGGAGGGCGGCGAGUCGGACAUCAUCAGCACCCACCACGUGUGGAACAUCCUCCGGCGGGAUCAUCCGGACGUGGCGAGGACGCUGACCGAGGACAAGUGGUUCUUUGACCGCAAGGGCGAGGUGAGCAAAGGCGAGGGGCAGUGGUACCGCGGGUGCGUGUUCUACCUGGAAAACGACGAGCUGGCCGACGGAGGAAACCGGCGGGUGUACCUGCGCUUCGACCCGAACAACGUCACCUCGCUGUCUCGCUUCAACUCGGGCCCGGACGCGCAGAUCCCCCCGCUCAGCGAGGCGCAGCUGCACGCCAUCAAGACCCUCGAGGAGACGUGCCUGGCCAACAGUCUGCACAUGGUCCUCGAUCCGGGGGACAUCCAGCUGCUUGCCAACUCGCACGUCCUGCACGCCCGGACGGCAUACAAGGACUACGAGCCUGGCACCGUGGACCCCGAGACGGGCAGGGAGAGGCCGAGACGCCAUCUGAUGAGGCUGUGGCUGGCGACGCCCGAGGACGACGGCGGGUGGAAGCUGCCAUACCCAGACUCUGGGUGGAAGAAGAGGGGCGGGAUCCAGGUCGACGACAAUGCGCCUGCUUGUCCGCUGGACGCGGAGUGA